CCCAGUCCCAUACGCCCUGCCUCUCUUCCUUCUUGUAACUCUACAGUUACAUUGAGGAGCAGUUCAUGUCCAGGUAGACAUUACUAUCACAUAAACGCAUCACGUAACCCACCCAGGUUUUCUGAGAAGGAAGGGAAAAAGACAGAGGCUGCUGGUCCCUUUCCUGGAUAGCUGGGUGACUGGAUAGCUAACACACCUGUGUGUGAGCUUCACUGGAGAAUGGAGCUGUAGCCCUCCAGCCACGCCACAGGAAACACACCAACAUGGGAGAAGCUCAAAAGGGCUUACUCUCUGUCAUAGAGAAACUGAAGGGAUCCACAGAGCAGGAGGUCAGGAUAGUGCUUCUAGGAUUGGACAACGCUGGCAAGACCACCCUGCUGAAAAGCCUCGCCUCUGAGGAUGUGAACACUAUCACGCCAACGCAGGGCUUCAACAUAAAGAGUGUUGCCUCCCAUGGGAUGAAACUUAACGUUUGGGACAUCGGAGGACAAAGAAAGAUCAGGCCCUUCUGGAAAAAGUAUCUGGAAAACACAGACUUGUUGAUUUAUGUUAUUGACAGUGCGGACAAGAAGCGUUUUGAAGAGACGGGGCUGGAGCUGUCCGAGCUGACUGACGAGGAUAAUUUGAAAGGCGUUCCGCUGCUCAUCUUUGCCAAUAAGCAGGAUCUGGCCACAGCAUCACCGGCCAGCGAGAUCGCCGAGGGGCUCAACCUGCACACGUACCGGGACCGCGAGUGGCAGAUUCAGGCCUGCUCUGCUGUUUCUGGCGAGGGAGUUCAGGAUGGGAUGGACUGGAUUUGUAACAACAUUGUGAAUAAGAAGAAGUGAAUCAUCAUCCCAAGCAAAACCGAUCGGAGUGAAACAGUGCAGAGAUCACAUAAGGGAAUUUUAAAAAAUAUAUAUGUUUCAUGUAAUAUCUCCAGACUUCACUUAUAACAGAUUCAGCUCCCCUUACAGAUUUAAAAAACAAGUUUGUUUUUACAAUUUCUGACAUUUUUAUGCAAAAUUAGCCAAUAUAAAGACACAUUUUAGCCCCAGUAAGUCAAUUAGGCAUACAUUGGUCAUUCUUCCGUCCUUAAAAAAUAUAUUUUUGUUCCCUCUUUUAUCCUCGUCUCUUCAAACUGUGUGCUUUCUUGGGGGAAGGAAAAGCUGAGUGUGUAGUUAUGUAGUGGUCUGUCAGUUACACAAACACCAGCUCAGUGUGAGUGUAAUGUAUGUGUCAUGAGAUUUUUAACAAAUAAAACAAUUAGUCAUU